UGCGUCACUUCCGGGCCUCAGCGAUUCGCCUCCGGGUUAGGCUGAGCCUCUUGCUUGCUGUGACUGGUGGAGCUGCCGCGCUGUCCGCGUUAUUUCCUCCUGGUGAGAACGAACCGCAGUGUCCACCGGCCAGGAGCCAGCCCUGUCCCGGUCAGAGAAAGACGACGAGGAUACCUGGGAGCGGGCGGCGGCCGGGCUGGGCCGCUCCGGUGCGGGCUGGCGACUCUGCUCCUCCGCUUGCUGCUGUCUCUGGGAACUGGGUGCCAGCGCUGAGGGGCUUCCAGCGGACAGGGACCCCCUUCCCCGGCUCCCCUGCCCACCCUGCCGGGGAGGGCGGAAGAUGCCGGUGAAGAAGAAGAGAAAAUCCCCUGGGGUGGCAGCAGCAGUAGCGGAAGACGGAGGCCUCAAAAAGUGUAAAAUCUCCAGCUAUUGCAGAUCCCAACCCCCUGCUAGACUAAUAAGUGGAGAGGAACAUUUUUCAAGCAAGAAGUGCCUGGCUUGGUUUUAUGAAUAUGCAGGUCCUGAUGAAGUUGUAGGGCCAGAAGGAAUGGAAAAAUUUUGUGAAGACAUUGGUGUUGAACCUGAAAAUAUUAUUAUGUUAGUUUUAGCGUGGAAAUUGGAGGCUGAAAGCAUGGGAUUUUUUACCAAGGAAGAAUGGUUAAAGGGAAUGACUUCAUUACAGUGUGACUGCACAGAAAAGUUACAAAACAAAUUUGACUUUUUGCGCUCACAGUUGAAUGAUAUUUCGUCAUUUAAGAAUAUCUACAGAUAUGCCUUUGAUUUUGCAAGGGAUAAAGAUCAGAGAAGCCUUGAUAUUGAUACUGCUAAAUCCAUGUUAGCUCUUCUACUUGGGAGGACAUGGCCACUGUUUUCAGUAUUUUACCAGUACCUGGAGCAAUCAAAGUAUCGUGUUAUGAACAAAGAUCAAUGGUACAAUGUAUUAGAAUUCAGCAGAACGGUCCAUGCUGAUCUUAGUAACUAUGAUGAAGAUGGUGCUUGGCCUGUUCUUCUUGAUGAAUUUGUUGAGUGGCAAAAAGUCCGUCAGACAUCAUAGCAAGAACUAUGUGAAGAAAAUGCAAACCUUUCGAUUCCCACGUGUAUACAAGCUAAUGUGAUGAGAGGGAAAAAAAUCCAACGGGUGCAUUUUCAUUCAUAUGAAAGACUUCUCAUAGUACUUUUUUUUCCUUUUUUUAAAGGAGGUUUUUCUUGUUACAUGUGAUGGGCAUUGAGCCACACCUCUUCUUAGACUGAAUAUUGAAGUUUUUGUUUUGAGUUAUGUUUAUAACAUUUAUUUCAGAACAAUAAAGAUUCAGAUUUGUGACAAAGGCCUUAAAGUGAA